AUGGGCAAGAAGCAUAAAAAGCACAAAUCGGAGAAACACACAUAUGAAGGUAAUACGUGGGAGAAGCCACUGAAGCUAGUUUUGAAAGUAGCAGGAAACGAAGUGACUAACUCUCCAACUGGAAGCUCUAGCCACGACAACUUCUACGAAGACAAGGCAGAUUACGAUAAACACAAGGACAAGAAAAAGAAGAAGAAAAAAAAGUGCGAAAAGGAAAGAAACAGUCCCGUGCAAUCGGGAGAUGAGAAGAAAAGGAAAAAGAUGACUAAAAAGAAAAAAGGUCAGGAUUCCGUGGACACAGAUUGGGAUGACAGGGAGCGAAGUCACACUCCUAUUCGGUCAGAUAUAUGUGAGUUUUGCGUUCCUGUUUUGCAGAAAAAAGAGCAGACUCCACUGCAGGAGGCUCUGAACCAGCUGAUCAGGCAGCUUCAGAGGUCAAAAGACCCCAACGCUUUCUUUGCCUUUCCUGUUACCGAUUUCAUCGCCCCAGGUUACUCCCUGAUCAUCAAGCGGCCCAUGGACUUCAGCACUAUGAGGGACAAAGUAAAGAAAGAGUAUUACCAGUCGCUGGAGGAGCUGAAGGUAGAUUUUAAGAUCAUGUGUGAGAACGCUAUGAUCUACAAUAAACCCGAGACCAUUUAUUACAAAGCAGCAAAGAAGCUUCUCCACUCUGGCAUGAAAAUCUUGAGUCCGGAGAGGUUGCAGAGCCUGAGACAGAGUAUCGACUUCAUGGCUGACGUGGAGAGCACCACCAAGAAGCAGGGAGAGGCAGAGAAGGAGGACGGUGCCAACCCGGAACAUUCCGGAGAUACGCCGGUGCCCAUGGACACCAACGAGCCGGUCCAAUCGCCCAGGAGGAUUAGCAAGGACACGCCCAGACAGGACAGGGACUCGAAGGACGAGGCUCUGAAGGCUGCCUCUCAGGCUGAGAAGGAGCUGGAGCAGAUUAAGAAGCUCAUCGAGGACUCGGGAGGGAAACUGUCCAACAGGGACGUUCUCAGUGAGCUGGAAUUUGAUCGGCGGAAGCCUGAUGGAACGACCACCUUGGGCAUCCUGAACACGGCCGACCUGAGCUCAGGAGACUCCGGGUACUGCCCCGUGAAGCUGGGCAUGAUGAUGGGCCGGCUGCAGACCGGCAUCAACACGCUGCAGGGCUUCAAAGAGGACAAGAGGAACAAAGUCACUCCGGUGUCCUACAUUAACUAUGGACCAUUCAGCACCUAUGCUCCGAUUUAUGACUCCAGCUUUGCCAACAUCAGUAAAGAAGAUUCAGACUUGAUCUACUCGUACUAUGGGGAUGAAUCCAGCCUGCAGGCUCCAGAACGGAUCUCAGAAUUCCUCAAAAAGACGGACGAGUACAUGGACACGCUGGCGGACAACAUUCUGGACGCCGUGACCAGCGGGGAGCACUCCAAGAGCCUGAAGGAGACGGAAACGGCUGAGGUGAACCUGACUCUUUUUUUCUUCAAGUCCCGGGCCGGCCCGAGCGAAGAGGAGUUGGCGGAGGGAUCAGAGCCGGCGCAGGACGUGGAGGUAAAUCCUCGCAGGCUAGCGCUUAUUGCCGCAGCUGUGCAAACAGCGCCCUGCCCCCCGCCCGUCUGGGGUCCCGCUGGGCCCGGGGGCAGACAGGAGCGUGCUCGUCUGUGGGGCCCCUCGCUGUGGGGCCCUCCCAUCGGACGGUCAGCAGGAGGAAGCGUUAAAGCCAGUGGCUCUGGGAGUGCCUUUGAGCGCAGGCGCAGACCUGCUGCCUUACUGCAGGAGGAUGAGCGUUUCCUGCAGAUAAUUCAGCCCGAGUCCAGCAGCAAGACCAGCCUGACCUCCCUCAGCUCUGUGAUCGGGGGUGGAUUGGACCUGGAGCCCCAGACAGAGCUCUCAGAAGAGGCCAAGCAGUUCCAGCAGAAGCUGGACCAGACCACGCUGCUGCUGAGGGAGCUGCAGGAGGUCCAGAACGAGCGCCUGAGCACCAAGCCACCGCCCAACAUCAUCUGCCUGCUGGCCCCCAGCGCCAGGGAGCUGCAGCUGGCUGAAAAGGUGACAGAAAACCUAGCAAACCUGGCCAGUCAGGUGAACCCCGGGGACGUCAGCAGCGUGUACGGAAUCCGGAAGGCCAUGGGGAUUUCCCUACCUGAGGGACUGCUGGAGGAGAGUGCUGUUGACCUUACCACAGAAACUGUGGAGCCAGUGGACUUGGACGCCUUGCCUGAGAAUCCAGAGGAAGUUCCGGUCGUAGCAGUCUAA